AUGCCAGCCACGGGCGACCUCCCUCGCGGCGGGAGCGAAGAGGAUCCUACUCCGCUCAGGGGACGAGGCGAAUGGCCAGACGCUGAAGCUUUCAGUCCAGCAGGGCAUGCGGCCGUCACGUGGUGGGCUGGUUGGCGUCUGUUGUUCGUUCGGACGAGCGUGAUGGCGACGGAUGGACACGGACGGGUGCGGGAAAGCGGCCGUGUGCCGACGGAGCAGUGGCUAUUCAUGGAACAACAGCCGCAGCACUGCUCCAUCCCGGCUGGCGGGAUGGCCGGUGUGCGGGGCGCGCGGAUAUCGGAUGGCGCCCACCAUGGUGGCUCGCGCGAGUCCCAGCAUGGCCCUGGGUUGCCCGGCACGGAGCACGUUCCGUACUGA